GAAAAACCUAAAAAUUUCAGACACUUAUUUUCACUUAUCUUUGCUGUGUUGCAGAUCAACUUCAAACUGAAGAUUGAUGUGGCCCUGAACUCGGCAUCAUGGAUCAGAGUGAGGAGCUGAAAGAAGGAGAAACUCAGAGCAAAGCUAAGAGCAAAUCUGACGAUGAAGUGGAAUCAGAAUCCUGGGAGAACAAGUCCAAAGAGGAUUUUUUUUAUUUUAAAUCAAACCAGCCUUCAUCUAGAAAGAGAGUUCAGCACUCACUGCCCAGCUGUUCAUCUGGACAACUGUCAGAAAUAGAAAAACAUCCUUCUCCAAAGAGAGUGAAGCUAAACCCAGAGGCUCCUAGUUGUACAUCUCCCCAACAGCAUCAAACAGAGCUGGACUCCACAUAUAAGGAGCUGAAAAAGAAGAUUUUCACCUUUGAGGAAAAUGAGCUGAAAAAGAUCCAAAUGGUUCUGGCUUCAGAUUACCCAGAAGGUUUAGAUGAGAAUAAGGAGGAGCAUGAAGUUUCAGAGGGUGAAGAUAAACAGCAGAUGAACAGCAGCAGAGAAGCAUUUGAGAAAAUCACACAGCACUUCCUGAGGAUGAUGAACCAGGAGGAGCUUGCUGACCGUCUUCAAAGCAGAUCAUUCACCACACGUCAACAAACACUAAAGUCUAACAUGAAGAAAAAGUUCCAGUUUGUGUUUGAAGGAAUUGUAAAAUCAGAAAAUCAAAACUUUCUCAAUCAGAUCUACACAGAGCUCUACAUCACAGAGGGAGGAUCUGAAGAGGUCAAUAAGGAACAUGAGGUCAGACAGAUUGAAUCAGUGUCCUGGAAACCAGAAAGGCCAGAAACAACAAUUAGACCUGAAGACAUAUUUAAACCCUCACCUGAGAGAGAUGAACCAAUCAGAACAGUGAUGACAACAGGAGUGGCUGGUAUUGGGAAAACAGUCCUGACACAGAAGUUCACUCUGGACUGGGCAGAAGACCAAACUAACCAGGACAUCCAGUUCAUGUUUCCAUUCACAUUCAGAGAGCUGAAUCUGUUAAAAGAUAAACAGUUCAGCUUAGUGGAGCUUGUUCACCACUUUUUUAGUGAAACCAAAGGAAUCUCCAGGUUUGAAGAUUUAAAAGUUGUGUUCAUCUUUGAUGGUUUGGAUGAAUGUCGACUUCCACUGGACUUCAAGAGAAAUGAGAUCCUGACAGAUGUAAGAAAGUCCACCUCUGUGCAUGUUAUUCUGACAAACCUCAUCAGAGGGAACCUGCUUCCCAAAGCUCUCCUCUGGAUAACCACAAGACCUGCAGCAGCCAAUCGGAUCCCAACUGAGUUUAUUGGUAUGAUGACAGAGAUCAGAGGAUUCACUGAUCCACAGAAAGAUGAAUACUUCACAAAAAGAUUUAAAUAUAAGAAACAGACCAGCUUGGUAAUCUCCCAUGUAAAGAAAUCCAGAAGCCUCCACAUCAUGUGCCACAUCCCAAUCUUCUGCUGGAUCACUGCUACAGUUGUGGAAGACAUGUUGAACAAGAAAGAUGGAGAAGAGCUGCCAAAGACCCUGACUGAGAUGUACAUUUACUUCCUGGUGGUGCAGACCAAACUGAAGGUCAUCAAGUACGAUGGAGGAACUGAGACAGAUUCAAUCUGGAGUCCAGAGAACCAGAAGAUGAUCGAGUCUCUGGGAAAACUGGCUUAUGAGCAGCUGAUGAAAGGAAACCUGAUCUUCUAUGAAUCAGACCUGACAGAGUGUGGCAUCGAUAUCACAGCAGCUUCAACAUACUCAGGAGUUUUCACAGAGAUCUUCAGAGAAGAGAGAGGUCUGUACCAGGACAAAGUUUUCUGUUUCAUCCACCUGAGUGUUCAGGAGUUUCUGGCUGCUCUUCAUGUUCACCUGACCUUCAACAAAUCUGGAGUCAAUCUGAUGGCAGAAGGUGAAAUGAAAUCCAAGGAAUUGGAAAAAAGAAAUCAUGAAUCCUCAGAGACAGAAAUGUACAAGAGUGCUGUGGACAUGGCCCUAGAGAGUCCAGAUGGACACCUGGACUUGUUCCUCCGCUUCCUACUUGGUCUUUCACUGGAGACCAAUAAGCGUCACUUCAGAGGCUUUGUGGCACAGACUGAAGAAAGUUUAGUGGCCAAUAAGUACACAGCCCAGUACAUCAAGGAGAAGUUGAAUCAUCAUGGUGUGGAGAAAAGCAUCAAUCUGUUCCACUGUCUGAAUGAACUUAAUGAUCAGUCGCUGGUGGAGGAAAUCCAACAAUCUCUACAAACAGGAAGUCUUUCAACACACCAGUUGUCUCCUGCUCAGUGGUCAGCUCUGCAUUUCAUCCUACUGUCAUCAGAGAAAGAUCUGGAGAUAUUUGACCUGAAGAAAUACUCUGCUUCAGAGGAAGCUCUUCAGAGACUGUUGCCAGUAGCCAAAGCCUCCAGCAAAGUUAUACUGAGUGGCUGUAACCUCUCAGAGAGAAGCUGUGAAGCUCUGUCCUCAUUGCUCAGCUCAACAUCCUCUAGUCUCAGAGAUCUGGACCUGAGUAACAAUGACCUGACAGAUUCAGGAGUGAAGCUGCUGUGUGAAGGACUGAUGAGUCCUAACUGUGAACUGGAGAUUCUCAGGCUUUCAGGCUGCCUGAUCGCAGAUGAAGGAUGUGCUGCUCUGGCCUCAGCUCUGACUACAAACCCGUCUCACCUGAAGGAGCUGGACCUCAGCUUCAAUCAUCCUAGAGAGGCAGGAAUGGAGAGUCUAGCAGCUAUACUGAAGAAUCCAAACUUCAGGCUGGAGUCUCUCAACAUGGAGCCUGCAGGAGAAAGAUGGAUGACAUCAGGUCUGAAGAAAUAUUCCCGUCCACUAACAGUCGACCUGAACACUGUAAGCAGAUUCCUCAGAUUGUCUGACAAGAGGAAAGUGACACGUGUGGCAGAGGAGCAGCCAUAUCCUGAUCAUCCAGACAGAUUUGAUCUCCAUCAGCUGUUGUGUACUGAUGGUCUGACUGGUCGCUGUUACUGGGAGGUUGAGUGGAGUGGGAAAGUCUACAUGUCAGUGAGUUACAGGGAAAUCAAUAGAAAAGGACUCAAUGAUGAUUCCUGGUUUGGAUUGAAUGAUAAGUCCUGGUGUCUAAUCUGCUCUAAUGAUGGUUACACUGUUUGGCAUGAUAGUGAAAAAAAAGCUUUCAUCCCUGUUCCCUCCUUCUCCUCUCCCUCCUUUGUCUCUGACAGAGUGGCCGUAUAUGUGGACUGUCCUGCUGGGACUCUGUCCUUCUACAGAGUCUCUUCAGAUGCACUGAUCCACAUCUACACCUUCAACACCAAAUUCACUGAAACACUUUAUCCUGGAUUUGGGAUCAGGAAUUAUUCAGGAGCGUGCUGGUGCUCAUUUUAGUCCUAUGUUCUUUUCAAAACUAAUACAUUUCAAGACUAUCAAUGCAAUAAAAACAGGAAAAAAACAAUAAAAAGUCACAUUAAUAAAACAGUUUUUUAAAAGAAACAACAUAGUCCAUCGAUCUUAAGUCCAAACAAAGGAGAAUUCUUGAGUCUAAGAACCACUGAACUAACGAUUCUGUCUCCCUUUGUUUUCAAUUAAUCAUAAAAUAAAAAGUCAUCAGCAGGUCCUGAUGACAGGACAUGUGGCCUUUUCAUAUUCAAUGGUGCCUGUCUGUGAAAACUCCUUAAGUCAAUAAAAUAAUUUUAUUUUAUUUUACUGUGGAAAAAAAAGAAAAACUGAAGUCAAUGUCACUGCAUCAAUAUUGGAGUCACGUAUGAAAACCUAUAGGAUUGUCAGAAGCCUGGCAGCAUCAUUUACUACACCUUGCAGCCACUCUAGGGAAGGAAUGCUGAGAUGCACAGAGUGCAGUGGGGAAAAGCAUCAAUAAUUAGUUAUGAGAAUGUGAGAAUAAAGAAUCUAUGACCAGAUCAUUAAAAGUAAUGAAUCUAAGACUGGAUGUAAGAUUUUAUCCAAAACCUCUCAGUUUAAUGUCAAUAAUCUCUGUAAUAUGCAUUUCUCUGAUGUACAUUUUUUCUUCUCUAAGUUUGUGAAAACUGGUUAAGAUGUAGAUUUCCUGGUUGCUAUUAGUGCCUGAAGACAAUGUAAUGUAAUCUACUUGCACUUUAAACUGCAAUUUAAACUACAAUAUAUUCUAAUGUUGUGGUAAUGAUUCUAUGCAUUGAUUGUUUUCUUGUGCUUAACAAAUUAUCAAUAAGAAGAAUAAAUACUUGGAAAUAUACAUCUUCACUAAUAUGCUAUAAGUCGUACACAUAUACUACCGUUCAAAAGUUUGGGGUCACAUUGGAAAGUCACUAAAAGCACUGUACUUUUCAAUGAAAAUAACUCUAAACCAGUCCUAACUUUAAAGAAAUACACUCUAUACAUUGCUAAUGUGGUAAAUGACUAUUCUAGCUAAAAAUGUUGGGUUUU